CAGGCCCGGGCUAGCUGUCAGGGGCGACGCCGCCGGCAGACCCCGCGCUCCGGCUCACGCGGACGCCGAGCGCUCCCCGCCGGGGUCCUGCCGCCUGCGGCCGCUUUGCAACUUUUCCUGCAGAGCGGAGGAGGCCUGCACCGCCUUCCCGCGUUUCCCGCGCUGCCGCUGGAACCUGUCCAGGCAGGCGGCGCGCGGGGCUCCGAGCCCGCGGCCCUGCAACGCCCGGCGGCCUGAGUGUGGGUUGCCGAACGCAGCCCCAGGGGCGUUGCUGGGUGCCUGCCAACCGCUUGAACGGCUGUGGUGUCCCGGUUGUGGUGUCCGGGGACGCCGAGUGGCCCUCUUCUGACAGAGCAGGGCUGCAUAGUGUGAUUGCUGGAAACCGGGUUAAAGGUCAAGGUUAUUUAUAAACGUGCGAUAGCCUGGGGUAGUGGCGCGCUGACAUCCCAGCCAGCACUCUGGGAGGCUGAGACAGGAAGAUUGCGAGUUUGGGCACAGCCUGGGCAACUCAGUGACCUAGCAAGACGGUCUAGUGAAAAUUGGAGUCUAGGUUUGUAGCUCGGUUUGAAGUCCUGGGUUCAAUCCCCAGUACUGCAAAGUAUGAAAAUAAAGGCAUGAUGAGGAUUUUUUCUCAGCGAUUCAACGGAGUUGGGCUUCUCUGGAGGCACCGGCGGUUUGGUUUCUACUUGGUAACCAGUGUGCUUUGGUUUCUACUUGGUAACCUGGGUGCAGCUAUCUUGAGACAGUCCCAACCCCUCCUGUGCCACCAGCUGGGUCUGUCCCUUUCUCGCUGUGUGACUCUCCCCAUGCACCUGUCCAUGCUCUUCCAGCUAAUUUGAUAAAGGUUUCAGCACCGGGGCAGGGACAUCAGCUUGGAAGCCGGAGGACCGUGGCCUGCCCAGCGCAUCAACCCGUCUGGGGUCUCCCGAGGCCCUGGCCCCCACAGCCCUGUGCCCCCGCAUGCUGGCCCCCCAGGAGAGUGAGGAGCCCCGGAAGAUGAGGAGCCCCCCCGAAGAGAAGGCUGGUGCACCGGGAGAGCCCCCCAGCCCUGAGUCCUCGCGUCGCCUGUUCCGCCGCUUCCGCUACCAAGAGGCAGCUGGCCCCCGGGAGGCGCUGCGCCGACUGUGGGACCUGUGCCGUGGGUGGCUACGGCUGGAGCGCCACACUAAGGAGCAGAUCCUGGAGCUGCUGGUGCUGGAGCAGUUCCUGGCCAUCCUGCCACGAGAGGUGCAGGCCUGGGUGCGCGCCCAGGAGCCCGAGAAUGGCGAGCAGGCUGUGGCCGCUGUUGAGGCGCUGGAGCGCGAGCCAGGGAGGCCAUGGCAGUGGCGCAAGCACUGUGAGGACCCCGUGGUGAUUGACGACGGGGAUGGGCCUCAUGACCUGGGCCAGGAGCAGGACUGCCUGCCCUUGGAUGUCCUCAGCGACCCUGUGAAGAGCCCGGAUGCCCAGCCUGUGGCCCUGGCACCUGGCCUGGGCCUCCUCAGCCGGUCUCCCAGCCAGCUCUUCGAGGGCCCAGCUUCGCAGGACACGUGCCUUCUGGAGAAUGCACAGCAGGUGGCCACCUUCCCGCUGCCCGAGACCCGCGCGUCCCCGUUUAAGGACAUGAUCCUAUGCUUCUCUGAGGAGGACUGGUCCCUCCUGGACCCCGCGCAGACCGGCUUCUACGGAGAGUUCAUCAUUGGCGAGGACUGCGGGGUCUCGGUGCCCCCGGACGAUCCCGAAGUCCAGGCAGACCUCUCACUGGGAGAGGACAGCGAGCCCCGGGUCCCAGAGCUGCCUGAGCUGCAGGACAGGGAAACGCUCCAGGCCCCCUCCAUGGACUUCCCCGGUGUGCAGCCGUUCCCGGCGGAGGAGCUGCAGGUGCCCGAGGUCCAGGCCUGCCCUUUAGCUGUGUUCCAGCAGAGCAGCUGCCCAGCCGCGCCUAGUCCUGCACCCCUGGAGGACAGCCUAGAGGAGGAGGUCACCAUUGAGAUCGUGCUGUCAGGCUCUGGCGACGAGGAGGAGCACAGCACAGCCUCUCGGGGGGCCCAGGCUAAGGCGUACGUGUGCCCGCGCUGUGGCAAGGCCUUCCGCUGGCGUGUCAACUUCGUGCGUCACCUGCGCAGCGGAGAUAGCGACAGCACGACUGGGCACCGCGGGACGCACGAGGCUCCUCGGCCUCACCGCUGUGGUGCCUGUGGGCGCAGCUUCCGGCUGGCGUCACACCUGCUAGCGCAUCGCCGCGCGCACCUGCAUCCAGGGGACAGGGACACCCAGGACCCCGGGGACACCAAGGACAGCGGGCACGGAGACAGGCCUGGCGCCCGCCACCGCAACCUCCCGCAGGACCGCACACUGCGCUGCCGCUACUGUGCCAAGAGCUUCGGGCAGAACUGUGGGCUCCUGCGCCACGAACGCCUGCACAUGAAGCGCCGCUCCAAGCAGGCACUUAACUCCUACUGAGCGCAGCUCCGGCUCUGGCUCACAGGCCCACUGGCACCACCAGCCACGUCUGCAGCGCUGGCUUCCCAGCCGGCCCUCAGCACCCUGCCCGCCUGCCCUGAACGCCACGGAGGUGCCGACCAGCAUGGCCUGCCCAGUUUACCUGGGGUCCAAAGGCUGGUGCCUUGGCUGCUCCUUGGUGCGAUAAAAGACGGCUCAGUUGUGGUUUUGGCUUUUCGUUUUAGUUUUUUGCAGCACUGGGGAUUGAACCAGGACCUUCUCACUGUGCCACAUCCACCACACACACACACACACACACACACACACACACACACAGGUGCACUUUCUGGAAACAAUUUCACUAGUUGGGCUCAGAUGAGAUCCAUCUGUCUCAGCCUCAUGUGGAGUGCUGGGAGGAUGGCUGCACCACCACACCCAGCGGCUGAAUCUCGGCCAGCUUUUCUUCACAGCACAGAGGUCGGCAGCCGAUGUGUCAUCUGAGGGAUGCCUGAGGCCCACUGACCAAGAACACAGGGUUCGGCCAGGAGCGUGCGCCAUGCUGGUGCUAGCAUCCCAUGCCAGCGUGUUGUUCCCAGGGUGGCACGGCCUCCAGCAGGGUCUCAGUCCACGGCAAGGUGCGGGGGAGGUGCAGGUGCGCAUCUCAGUUUGGGGCAUGUCGCACCUGUGCAUGUGAAAGCCACUCUGGCCUCCCCUGCUGCAUCUGCCAGCAGCCAGUGGCUGUAUCCAGGGUCCCUGCAUGAAGGAUGCAGGUCCUGGGCUCCACACCAUCCUGUCUGCGCCUGCACUGCUGACAUCCGUGGUGACCACAUACCACAUCCGAAUCCAGCCACGUUCUGAGCCUCCAGAAGUGCGGACUUGUAUGCCAGCACAUUCAGGGACUGCACCUGCGCCCACCCAGAGCAGCCGCGGCUUGGGUGGUGGCCCUAGGACACUGCCCUGCAUCACAUCCCGGUGCUUCUGGUCACCCACAUGGUUUUCACAUCAAGACUUCUACCCCUACCCAAUAAAAGCUGUCCUUUUGUUUUCGUGUUUGGGUACCAGAGAUUGAAAGUGGGACCUUCACAAUGAGCCAUGGCCUGCCUCUGUGUUUUUUGUGACAGUCUUGCUAAGUUGUGCAGGUGGGACUGGAAUUUGUGAUCCUCCUGCCUCAGCCUCCCAGUGUACUGGGAUUACAGGUGUACACCACUACACCUGCCUGAGAUUUGUACUUUUUUUUUGUGGUAACACAGUGUUAAAGAUGAUUCUGCUUCAACUGGUGUACAAAUACCAACUUCUCACAAAAUAUUUCCAAGAGGAAGUCAUAUUGCUCAACUCAUUUAAUGAGGCCAGUAUUACCCUUAUCCUAAAACCUAACGAAGAAAGUACCACCAUAACAAAUCACAGAGCAGCUUUGCCACACACAGAUACAAGAAAAAAACAAGCCUGCAUCAAAUAUUAAGUAGCAAACAAUCUGCAAAUGGGAGUCACCUCAGGUAGUGAGCUGGCUGGUGGCAGCAGCAGUAGAGAAUGCCAGCCACCUGCUUCACUCAGCAUGGAAUUAAAGCAGAGUUCUUAUUUUGUUC